AUCAAGACGCCUCGGCUGGAUGUGAACGGAGAAGCGUCACUGUGUUACGGUGUUAUCGUAUGACGUACAUUGGCCGGCUUUAAUCGGCCACGAUAAUGUUCCCGUAACUUGUAAGGCAGUAGGAGUUUGGUACAAGAUGAAACAGAGCUGCUGAAACUUGCUAGUUAAGUGGUAUAGAGCCUCACGCAAAGUCUACUCCCAAUGACCGGCGGCGCAGGUGAACAGACGCCUCCUCCUGCUUCUAACGGCGGUGAUUUCUUACUCUCUCUUCUACAAAAGCAGCACCACCGCCAUCAACAACCCCAGACUCAUCCACAACAGCAGCUGCAAUCCCUGGCCGUUGAUCCUGCCGUCGCAGCCGUGGGCCCAACUCUCCCCCUAGCUCCACCUUUAUGGACUCCCAACAGCCUCGAUCUUCCUUACGUUCUUCCUCCUUGGCCCCACCCUCUCUCUGCUCCCCCGGGCUUUCCAUCAAACUUCCUUGGGUUACCGCAAAACCCCAUCCCCCCUCCUCGGAAUCAAUUUCCCGGAAAUCAGAUUCCAGAAAAUAAUACUCUCUUCGGUGACGACUUGAGAAGAUCGGGGCUUCCGAGGAUUGACACUAGAGGCAAUAGUGGAACCGAAAAUUUUAUUGUGCAGCAGAAACAUCAAGAUCACAAGCUGAAGUUCGGCUCUUUUCCUAGCGAAAUUCAUUGCUCUGAGGGUUUAUUAAGUGGGAAUUCUGGGAGUUCUUUGGACAAUAUACAUUUCACCACUUCGAAGGAGCGGGAAGCAGGUCCUGGGAGCAAGAGCUAUAAUGGGUUGGAUAUGAAUUGGCCGUUCGAGCCGCGGAUGAAUUCUAAGACAGAUCCAAAUUCAGAUGCUUUUCGGCGUGGGAAUUAUAAUUCUCAAGAACAAGAGCGACGAGGGGUCGAAUUGAGGAAGCAGUGCCACAACGGGAACUUUAAGCCCACGCCACCACCGGGGUUUCCGAGCGAGCCUAGCGGAAAAGGAAAUUGGGAUUCGCGGAACGUAAGGAGAGGAUUUGAGAAAAAUGUGGAUAAGGAAAGGACUAAUCAUAUUGAAUUUGGUAAUAGCAGCUUUUCCUGGGAAGGUGAGGAUGAGAUGAUAAGGAGAUUGUCAAUCGAAGAUGGUAAAACUCGCGGUGAAAAGUCAGGCGGAUUGGGCCUCAGUAGACAGCUUGAUCGUCCUGGGCCGUCAACGGGAAGUAAUCUCCAUUCACUAUCGGCUUCAGAUACUGAAGAGUCCGAAUCGAAAUUGCAUAAUGAAAUUCAUGAAUUUAAGAACGGCAAUAAGUACCGGGGUCGACACGGGUUGAAGGAGGGAAAACUAGAUGAUUUUGGGGAACAGCUUGUCGAUUCAUUGUUGCUUGAGAAUGAGUCUGAUGGCAAGAAUAGCGCAAGUCAACAUCGUAGUUCUCGCGAGAAGGAUGCCAGGUCAGAUAGUAGAGGAAAUCGGCUACUUAGCCAAAGGAUGAGAAUGAUGAAAAGACAGAUCCAAUGUCGAAGUGACUUAGGUAGAUUAAAUGCGCCUUUUCUUGCAAUUUAUGAGUCCCUAAUACCUGCAGAGGAAGAGAAGGCAAAGCAGAAGCAAUUGUUGACAUUAUUGGAGAGACUAGUUUGCACGGAAUGGCCUAAAGCUCGGCUUUAUCUUUAUGGAUCAUGCGCAAACUCGUUUGGAGUUUCUAAAAGUGAUAUUGAUGUUUGCCUUGCAAUUGAAGACAUGGAUGUUAACAAGUCUGAGAUCAUACUAAGGCUGGCGGAUAUUUUCCAGUCAGAUAAUCUACAGAAUGUGCAGGCGCUGACACGUGCUAGGGUCCCCAUAGUGAAGCUUAUGGAUCCAGUGACUGGGCUUUCCUGUGACAUAUGUAUUAACAACAUUUUGGCUGUUGUAAAUACCAAGCUUCUUCGAGAUUAUGCUCUCAUAGAUGCAAGAUUACGGCAGUUGGCUUUUAUUGUGAAACAUUGGGCCAAGUCAAGAGGUGUCAAUGAAACUUACCAAGGAACCCUGUCCAGCUAUGCGUAUGUCAUAAUGUGCAUACAUUUCUUACAACAGCGCAGACCUGCUAUCCUUCCCUGCCUACAGGAAAUGGAAACUACCUUCUCUGCGACUGUAGAGGGUGUUGAAUGUGCUUUCUUUGAUCAAGUUGAAAAGCUACGGGAUUUUGGAUCCUGUAACAAUGAAACUAUGUCUCAGUUGGUGUGGGCAUUUUUCAAUUAUUGGGCAUAUCAUCAUGAUUAUGCAAAUUCUGUCAUAUCCAUUCGUACCAGAAACAUAAUCAGCAAGCAAGGGAAAGACUGGACUCGGAGAAUUGGGAAUGAUCGCCAUCUGAUAUGCAUAGAGGAUCCCUUUCAGGUAUCUCACGACCUGGGUCGGGUGGUGGACAAGUACAGCAUAAAAGUUCUGAGGGAGGAGUUUGAACGUGCAGCCGACAUCAUGCAGUAUGAUCCAAAUCCUUGUGGGAAGCUCUUUGAACCCUACCGUCAUGGUUGAGUUGCCUUUACUUGGUUGGAUAUGUAAUUAUUAUGGUAAAGCAAACAGAGUGUAAAGUCCCCACAUCUUUGUCUUAGCGUUUCUCAUUUUGGUCCUCGCACGAUGUACGUAGUUUAAUUUAGUUUGUUAGGCUUUUAUGUAAAUAUCCUGAAGUGCAAGGAAUCUUGCGUCCUUUUAUUUCGAGAACGGAGGUAAAAUCAGUGAA